AUGGCCUGGGUCAACAACCUCCCUAACCCCAGCGCUAGACUACUGGACAACUGGGCUUCGGAGAAUGAUUUCCACGUUCUUAAUGACCUUACAGUACCUACACGCAACGGAAAGAAAGGCCAAGCCGACUCAAUCAUCGACCUCACAUUGCUCAAUAGCAUCGCUGUUGAUGCUUUUGUGGAUUUCGACUGGACAUGCGAAGCCGAAGGAGCCAUGGGAUCUGAUCACAAUAUUAUUUCAUGGGCGAUAGGCGCACACGAUCAAACUGAUGCCGCAACGCACCCGAAACCUCCCCCUACCUUCACUAUCGAUCCCGAACUUGAGGAAGAAUGGACAAACGCUUUCGUAGCACACCUGUCCAACGAAAAUCUCCCCUCCCAACCCAAAACACCAAGCGAACUAGACUCCAUGGCAGUUGGCAUCCUCCAAGCAAUGGCGAACGCUACUGAGGACUCCAUGCCUAAGAAGAAACAAGGAGCAAAAAGCAGACGCUCUCCGUGGUGGAACUCCGAAUGUUCAAAGGCAUUGCGCGAUCUCAAACAUCCCCCCGACAACCGCUCUCGCGACGCCCGCCGUGCAUGCCUGCGGGGCGCUAUCAGACGCGCUCGUAAAUCUCACGCCGACCAAGUCUGCAAAGCUGCAUCCAUUGGAAAUGUAUUCCGAUUCACCAACUGGUACAAGGGCAAACGUCGAGCACCCCUCCCUCCGAUACGAUUUGGUGGAGGGCUGGUCACAGUGCCACAACAGAAAGCUAUCGCGCUGACCGAUAAAUUCUUCCCAAAAGCCACAUCCUCUCGGGUCUCCCUCGAACCCCUCGGGAUCCCCCAAGCCCCCGAAAGACCGUGGCACAAUAUCACUAAGGAGGAAAUAGAGACUGCACUCGCAAGCUCCUCCAACACUUCAUCACCCGGAGCCUUUGGAACCAACUACCGUCUAUUAAAAUGGGCUUUCUCAGUCAGGCCGAACCCCAUCCUUAAUCUGUACAACGGCUGUCUCACCCUUGGAUACCAUCCGUCCUGCCUCCGGAACGCGGUCAUAGCGGUCAUACCCAAGCCAAACCGCAGCAAUAUGUCUGAUCCCAAGUCCUACCGACCUAUUUCGCUCCUGGAGACCCUCUCAAAAUGCCUCGAGAAAGUGGUUACGCGUCGUCUUAUCUUUGAAGCUGGCAAAUUCGACCUUAUUCCUCAUUCACAAUUUGGCGGACGCGACAUGACCUCUUGUGCAGACGCCGGAUUGUGCCUCACGCACGACACGAGAACCCAAUGGGCCCUUGGGAACCAUGUCUCGCUACUCACGAUGGAUGUCUCUGGAUAUUUCAAUAAUGUUGACCACGCCAGGUUAAUUUUCACUUUGAAAAGACUGGGAUACGCGCACGAAAUCUGCCAGUGGAUCCAAUCCUACCUACUCGAGAGAACCGCGCAACCGAAAAUCGACGAAACUCUGUGCGACCCAAUCAACUUGCCCGCGGUCGGUAUCCCCCAGGGAUCCCCCCUCUCACCCAUAUUGUCAUCAAUUUACUCUAUUCCCCUCCUACGUGCAAUUCAAGAUCCCCAAGCUCUCACCUAUGCUUACGUCGACGAUUUCUCCAUUCUCGCCUUCUCCGACUCGCACGCUUCCAAUACCACAAUCCUUCAGAACAUUGCAAACACCGCCAACAACACUCUCAGAGCACUUGGACUAGAGUUUGAACUCCCAAAAUCCGACCUUAUUCACUUCACCUCUCGCAAACAACAACCAUCUAAUGCCCAAAUCACGCUCACACAUGACCUCGGCACUUCCGUAAUAACACCCAAAGUUGUGGUUCGCUGGUUGGGAUUCUACCUGGAUCAAAAACUUAAUUUCAAGGAGCAUGUACGCUACAUGGCCAACAAGGCGAACGCAAUUCUAGCUGGUCUCCGUAUGCUAGCUGACACUGUCAAGGGCAUGUCCAUGAGACACGCACGUAUCUUAUUCAUUGCGUGCGUCAGACCCAUUCUCACAUACGGCUCCCUCAUUUGGUUUCACGGUAACAACCAAAAAACAAUGAUCGACCCGAUACAAAAAGCCCAGAAUAUGGGGAUUAGGUGGCUCACCGGAGCAUUCAAAACCUCUCCAACGGACGCCCUACACCACCUCGCCUCCAUUCCUCCCAUCCACAUCUACCUCCAAAGACUCAACACAAACGCUGCCACCAAAUUGAGAGCCCUGCCCAGACACGCGGAAAUUAGCCGCCGCCUCCCUAAGGCCUGGGACUCCCAUGAUCCCACCUUACCACACCCCCCCGAGCCUAAACGUCGCCAGACAGCCGUCCCUUCCCCCAUCGUCCGACUAGCGGCACUGUCACACCCAGAAUCCGAAUUCCAAACCCCGUACCUUAACCCCCCCUGGGUCCCGGAAAAUCCCUUCCCCGGCAGACUUCAAUUCGCCUUCCCCCCUGCCGGCUCCCCAAAAGAUCGCCGAGCAAAGAUUGCGGAGAACGCCAACCGCCUGAUCGACGCACUCGCGCACGAGGGAACCCUGAUUGGAUUCUCCGACGGUUCAAAAGAGGUCCGUUCGGGAGUCCGGAAAGUAGGAGUUGGAUACAGCAUCGUAUGGAAGAAAGAGGAGGUCGCCAAAUUCAGCGGCGGCAUCGGCCCUCGCGCGGACAUAUUUGACGCCGAAAUGCUCGCGCUUGCGCUCAUUGUCCGCAGAUGCACGCGAUUUGCAAAGUCACACAAUAUUCUCAGAAUCCACAUCUUCUCGGACAACCUAGCCGCCGUACGCAUUAUCAACAAAUGCAGCCCCCAUGCCGCCCAAUACGCAUCAAUACUAUUCCGAAAAGAGGCCCACACAUUCCUUCAAGGCAACGCAAGGAGGUCAAUCGUGGUCCAAUGGAUCCCAGGCCACUCCAAAAUCGAAGGCAACGAACGUGCGGACAAACUGGCUAACGCAGGACUCGACUCCCGCCCCACGCCGUUCUUUAACCGGACCGCUACCUGGGCCAAAUGCCGCGCCACUCAACGCGCAGCCAAGUCAUGGGGACGCUUAUGGGCAGAACACCCCCACUCAAAAACGGUCCAAAAACACAUCCCACGUCCCCCGGCACUCAAAUUGCACCCAAUAUUCCAAAACCCCAGUAUCCCUCGAUCGGUGUCCUCCCGCCUCAUCCACGUCAUGACAGGCCACGGCUGCUUCGGCGAAUACAAGGCCAGAAUGCCUUUCAUUAACGGAAGCGCCAAGUGCCAAUGUGGCGACCCGAACCAAACCAUCCCCCACCUCCUGUUCCACUGCCCGCUUGCCGAAGACAGCCGCAAGCUCCUUUUCGAAGCGGCACCAGACCUCAACCCCGCAACCCUCUUCGGGACCCCCAAGGGAUUGGAAGCGGUCGCCAAAUUCAUCUACCAUUCCGGAAUUGGCCUAUAUAAAUAG